AUGGCAGCCCAAGCGGACGUCUUUGAUGGCAUGGACGAUUUGACUGCACAAAUGUGCAUCGACCUACAGCUUGAAGAUCUUGCGGCCGUCACUGGCGCGUUCGUACCCUCGGCGACUUCUCCAUCCGACGCAGAGGUUGCUUUGGAACUGCACCGGACCGAGCUGAAAGCCUACCGCGCUGAACGCGGCCUUCCGGAGCCGCCACCAGCUGCUGUCGUGCGCUUCAAGUGCGAGGCCUGCGGCGACCGCUUCACUGACGAGGAGAGUGUCCAGACCCCAUGUCUCCACCACUACUGCAAUGAAUGUCUCGAGGAACUUUUCUUGCUGUCUAUGCGUGAUCGAACGCUCUACCCCCCACGCUGUUGCCGUCAGCCGAUCCCUUGGGAAGAAGUCCGCGAUGUCGUUAGCGAAGAGUUCAAGGUGAGUUUCGAGGAAAAGCGAGAGGAGCUCGAUGAUCCGAGUCCCAUGUACUGCCACGACAAGCGGUGUUCGAAAUACGUCAAACCCGAUGCAAGAGAUACCACGAGUGCCACGUGUUCCAAUUGCCACCGCAUGACUUGCACACUUUGCAAGCAGGAAAUACACUGGAGCGCAUGCCCCGAGGACGAGGAGGUGAAAAAGAUGAGGGAGUACGCCAAGAAGGAAGGCAAUCAGGAGUGUACUCGGUGUCAUCAGCUUGUGGAGCUUGCCCUUGGUUGCAACCACAUUACGUGUCUUUGCAAGCACGAGUUCUGCUACGGCUGCGGCAUCGAGUGGAAGCACUGCGAGUGCCGAGUAUGGGAUGAGGAUCGCCUACUAGCCAGAGCCGACAACGUCGCGAAUCGGCCGGGAAUGGGAGGUGCUGCCGCUGCUCCAGCUAUCGCUGAGCAACUCCGAAGAGACCAUCAGGAUUGCGACGAUCAUGGCCACCAGCGCAUGGUCUCUGAGCGAGGAUCACAUCUUUGUGAAGGCUGUCAGCAGGUGCAGCCCUUGUUCUACUACCGCUGUCGCGCCUGUCACACAGUGCUUUGUCGCCGAUGCAGGAGAAACCGCGCCUGA